AUGGAAACUGAUAUUUGGAUUUCGCCUUCUCAGGAGCUUGAGAGUAGCUACUGUCCUCCCAUCGACUCGGCACUGUUUGCUGCGAUAGUCUCCGACUAUGACCUGACCGUUUCCUCUCAGGUCCAGGAUCUGUGUGAUACGCUUAAUCUUCUCAAGGACUCUGCGCUGCAGCAGGAAAACCUUCCCUUUGACCCCUCAGGCACCGCCAAUCUUUACCAGGCCGAUGGUGACCCAUCCUUGACCCCGCCUGAGCACACGCCCUCGCUCAAUGGGCAUGAUACCUCCCAACUCCUGACUACUGCUACUGAAAGCAGUGACAGGACUCUCCAGAACACGAGCCAUGGUACGUCUCGCACUGCAUACACGGUCACGGCCGAUGGCUCACUGCAGCUGUCUGGCGCCACACAUGAGGACAAAGUCAAUUCUCUGCGAGAGAUGUUCCCAAAUACCUCGCAUUUUGAUACAGAGCAGACACUGCAAAGGUGUGGCAAUGACAUCAGCAAGUCCAUGGAUGUCCUAUUGAAUCAUGCAUUCUUCGAUGAGGCUCAGGAUACCGAUGGCGACAGCCAGAUCUCUAUUCCCAAGGGAAUUGAUGGCUUCCUGGCAGAGGAGGGAUAUGACUUUGGUGGCAAAAAGGGGCGCAAAAACAAGCGCAGUAAAAAAAAAAAGCUUCAACUUGAGGCAUCUGCCAGAUAUGGGGAUGCCCCCACUGACCAGCUCAACACAUGGGAGACCGCCAAGAGGGACAUCGACUUUAUUUCCUCUCGAAUAACUGCUCUCACGCGGGAGAAAGUGGCAUCUGCCUAUCACGCAAACUCAAUGUCCUCGUCCGCCACCAUCAGAGCACUUGCACUUGCUCAUGGUCCAAAGAGCACCAAAGACAUUGAGAGUGACUCGGUGAUGGAAGCUCAGCUUGCCGAGCUCUCCCAUGAAUUCCCUGGCCUUUCCGCAACCACUGUCGUUGGGCUGCUCAAAGUAACCCAGAACAUGAUCUCGGCAGCGAGUGAAUUGGCCACUGUUAUGGUGCGUGAGCCAUCCCCAACUCCGGUCUCUGACUUGAUCCAAUUCAAGUCAGCUCCACCCGUCCUAGAAGAAGAGGGGUCCGAGAUCGUCGCAUCCUCCGGUAAGCGUGGAGCGAGUUCUCGGAUGGGCGGGAGCUAUGAGCAGGAGCAGACGGCGGCCGGGGCUCACUUCUCAGCCGGAAAUGAGGCGUACUCCCAAGCCUCCCAGGCUGCUCGGCGUGCUCGAUCGAACCAUCUCUACGCUGGUGCCGCGGCCUACUACCAUCAAGUGAGGCGAGAGCAACAAGCAUUGGGGCGGAGCCACAAUGCGGCAGCCUCAGACCGACUGGUGGAUGGCCAGUCCACGGACUAUCAACUCGACCUCCACGGCGUGACUGUCCAGAACGCCGUUCGCAUCGCCCGCGAGCGAGUCGAGGCGUGGUGGGACUCUUUGGGCGACCUCAAGCAUGUGCGUGGAGGUGGCAAGAACGUGCAUGGAGGGUUCAAAAUCAUCACCGGCCGCGGUCAGCACAGCCGAGAUGGCACCUCCCGUCUUGGCCCUUCCGUCAGCAAGAUGCUGGUCAGCGAGGGGUGGCGAGUGGAGGUGGAGCGAGGAUUCCUUGUGGUGGUUGGGGUGGCUCGACGAUGA